AUGGAAAAGGACUUUGAGGCACAAUUUAUCCUAAGAUUUACAAAAUUUAAACGAGAUACGACACAAGAAGAUGAUAUCAUUCAUCUUGCUCCUCUUGAUAAGGAAGAAGUUAACUACAUGCGCCCUCUGGCCUUGUUGAUUCAACAUUGUCUUGGGAAUGGAUUGCUAACACCAUCGAUAGCAGCAGUCUUAAAUCACACGGAAGCGACCUUGGCCAAAGGAACCACGAGAUACUAUGUACUUGUGUACAACGAACGUGUAAAGGCGAUGCUAAUUCUGAGAGGAGCACCUAAGAUUGCAAGUGAGCCGCUAACUGAUCAUAAUCUAUUAUUUCUCAAUUCUAUAUGCAAUGCACGAAAAGCAGUUAGACAUGCUCGCUUACAGGGCACAUGGGAAGCAGUUAAAGCCAUCGGCAUCGCCACCGCCAGUCUUGUAAUACCUGAAAUUGUUCUCAAGGACUUAUCGACUAACUCAAAGAUGCUUCUUCCAAAGGGUACCAUGAAAAAUAUACCAAUUUCAGAUACCGUUCCUCCUUGGCUGCACAAAAACCAUCUGCACACGUGUCUGUUGGCCAACGAACAGAAUCCUGUGCACGUAGCCGAAGGUGAGAGUUAUAUGGUGGGCCCUACAUUUGUUCUGGAUGGAGAUGAAUUGAAGCAGAUUGAAGUGUCUACCACAGAGUUAUACAGGCAUCAUACUGUUGAGUACCGUGUACUGGAAGAUGUUUAUGAAGCCUGA